GUCCUCUCCUGCCAUCUGUUUCUUCUCUUUCCCUCUCUGUUCUUCUGCUUCACCGCCAAAAGUACAGAACCUUCUCCCUCCUUCUCUGCUUCACUUCAGGCCACCUCUGAAUCUCUCUCUCUCUCUCUUUGCGUUUGAAUUUCCCACGGUUAAUCUCAUCGGCCACCAAAGACUUCAAUUUCUGAAUCAAUUUUACAUUCGGAGUGAUGGAGGAGCAAUUCGUACUCAGAGUCCCACCUUCAGUUGCAGAGCGAUUAGAUCGUCUUCUCAGCGAGAAUGCUUCUUCAGACGACAAGUCGUUGGAUUUGUCUUUCGAAGAGGAUGGCCGGAGUGGAACAUUUGUAAUUGGCAAUGACCGGUUCCCUGCAUCGCUCUUGGAUCUUCCUACUGUUGUGGAAUCCUACAAAACGUAUGACGAUAGUGUGUUAAUUAAGACUGCAGAUAUUGGUCAGAUGAUUAUGGUUAGAGAUCCAAAUGAUCCUGCUCCAGAUACAGUUGAGUACAGGCAUGGUCUCACCCCUCCAAUGAGGGAUGCUCGAAAGCGAAGAUUUCGCAGGGAGCCUGAUCUAAAUCCUGAGCUUGUCCAGCGUGUUGAGCAAGAUCUACUGAACAUUAGUGCUGGUGGACCAGCUGACAAUGUGGAUAUUGAAGUAGCUGAGCAAGAGAAAAAUCGAGAUGGCAAGGCUGGUAAUACAAGUAAAAACCCUGCACCAGCACCUGAAUCAAAAACUGAUAUUCCUGAGGCUGCUACAAACACAGGGGAGCCUGAUGGAGAGCAUGAUAGAAGUGAUUCGGAUGAAUCUGACGAUUCAAUUUGAAGCAAGCCCUUGUGCUGAUAUUGUUUCCCCGUCAAGCUUCUUGAUGAAGUUAAGAUGUGCAUAUCAAAAAGAACAGGGAUGAAAGCUUGUUUUAUGAAUGACAGCAUAAAUUUAUGUUGUGUUGAUAACAUUAACAUGUAUGCUAACAUUAUUUUUGAUCUCCUCCUAGUCGGUUUGCCAGUUCUGAAUAUCCUCAGGAUUCUCAAAGAACUUGUAUAAUUUGGUAGUAUAUAGUGGAAAACUUGUCUACAAGUUUGUACUUUUGCAAAGCUAUGCCAAGUUUCAUUUCUUCGUUCCAAAGGCA